GGCAUCGACUUGUAUCAUGCGCGAGUAAACAUAUAAUUAGUGACAGGUGCUCUUGUAUUUCGGUGCGCGAACGAUGAUUCUGUUCGGUGACAGCGACGAUCCGCUGCGAUCGAACUUGAUGCCCGUAAUCGUGUUUCUGUUGUUCGUAAUUGCCAAUUUGCUGCUACGAGAAGACGACGUAGACGACGACCGGGCUCAAGCUCGGUCCGACAACUUUCGUCGGCUGGCCAUCAAUCUGCAUCCGGAGCGCGACCGGGACGCCGACCUAUGCAACCUGGACGCGGAGAAUCGUCGGGCACUGUUCGCCCUCGUCGCCGAGGCCUACGACGUCCUGUCGAAGCCCGCCUUCAAGAGCGUGUACGACGAGUUGGGCGUCAAGGGCCUGAGGGAGGGCACGACCGACUCGAAGACGGGCAAAAGAGUCAAGCCCUACGUGUAUCACGGCGAGCCGCUGAGGACCUACAGGGAGUUCUUCGGCACGGACAAUCCCUACGUCGAUCUGCUGGAUAAUUUGAAAGUACCGCACGAGGAGAACACCACCGUGAUACCGAAGAGAAAGGCCGAACCGGUCAUCGAGAUGUUAGAGUUGACUCUCAAUGAACUGUUUUUCGGCGGUAUAAAAAAGAAGUGCUACGACGGGAAGAUGCUGUCUAUUGCAAUCAUGCCAGGCUUACCGACCGAUACGAGGAUCGUCUUUCCGGACUUUGUCGAUAAAGACCCGUCCAUGGAAAAUGCCGACUUGAUAUUCGUGACGAAAGACGAGGUACACGAGACAUUCAAGCGAGACGGCUCGGAUCUCAUCAUGAGGGUGCGUAUCACCUUGAAGGAGGCCCUGUGCGGUAAAACACUGACCAUCAACACCAUCGACGAUCGCGUACUGCGCAUACCCAUCACGUCGAUCGUAAGGCCUCGAGACACCAUGACGAUCCUGGGCGAGGGCAUGCCGCUGGUCGAGGAUCCCCGAAGCCGCGGCCAUCUCGUGCUCGUCUUCGAGAUCGAGUUCCCGGAGACGAAUCUGACCCCGGCCAGCCGCGGCUUGAUCGCCCGAGCCUUGGACCUGGACCACGAGGCGAGGCGGGCCGAGGAGAGGAGGCAAAAGCCGAGCCUGCGCCGGAUGGUGAUGGCGGGCAAGGUGUACGAGCGAAAAGAAAUCUGCAAGCAGAAAAUGAAAUACGAGGAAUUGGAGGAGUGCGAUAAAUAAAGAUACGACGACGAUGUGGUUUUUUUUUACA